UACGCGCAAUUACAAUUAUAUAUUUAUUAUACAGCACUGAUAAUUGGGCGUUUUAUCAAAAUUACCUUUCGAUGGCCUUAAAUUUUUCACAACCGACAGAAUGCUUGGAUUUCCUUAACAAUAUUAUUAAUAUGUCCGAAAACAAAAUUCGCGCGCCUUACUUGGCACGCUUGGAAUUACUGAAACGUACCUGUACUGACAAAGAUGCACAGUACAGCUUGCAAUCUGUGGAUCUUAUGCAUCAAUAUUUUUCACAAUUUGGAGAAAAAGGCUGUGUAGUUAGUGACUUGCGAUUAUAUUUAAGUAUACUCACACCUAAGAGCAAAGCGGAGUUACUCGAAAGGAUCGAAAAAGACAUUAGUGUCGCGCCAGACGAGUUUCCAACUACCGUACAACAGUUGCAAAGGUAUAUCCACUUAGAACAGUUGCGACGUAUUUGCGGUUUCCACCAUCCUCCUUUAGCAGACAGAAAUAAACAGGAAAAACUGAUAAAGCGACUGUGCGAUUUGUACGAAAAGGGCAACGAACUCUGUCCGGUGCAAGAACGAUUGCCGACCAAUUUCUGUCCGGCGGAUUCGUACAUUUUAUUAGCUUCGCAUCUGCUGCAUCAAUUAUGGGUUGACACUAAUGACGCGUCUUUCCUUUAUAGGGCAAUGUCGUUGUUGGAACGUAGUCUCCUAUCGAGUCCUGCAAAUUUUCACGUAAAAAUUCUGCUCGUGCGGAUAUACUUGGAGGUCGGUUUAGUGGUUGCGGCCGAUCGUGCGUUUACACUACUCGACGUUAAGCACCUGCAACUAGACUCACUGGGUCAUCUUCAUGUACCUCUACUCGCACCUCUCGGUGACUUAUCGUUGGCCUCGACGACUCUUGAUCAUACAGCGAAAUUUUUCAUAGCCAACUAUAAAGAUGUAUGUAUUUUCAGGUAUAAUAGAUUAAAUCUUUGCGGUUCUAUGUAAAAAGAGAGAGAGAGAAAGAAAGUCGGUCUUUAUAUCUAUU